UUGAAGUAGGCCAUGUUAUAAGGUCAACAACUGUGUUUGAAUAUUUAGUUCCUAAAGGUCAGGAAGUCAAUACAUUGUAUUGUAAACACAAGACAACACACUCACUUUUGGUUUGUUUUAAAGGAUCUGACUUGAAUUUCCAGCUAAGACACCAGCAUGGCCCUAAGCUUAUCAAGACGAGCAGAGGAGAGUUUGAGUACAGAGAUGUUUCUAAGUCCGUACUUCAGUCUUGUAAGAAAUAACAGAUUUCACCCAACACAUAACAGAAAGGGAAUUGUGGACUUAGGAUUAGCAGAGAAUAAAUUAUGCGCAAGAGAGCUGGAAAUAAAGCUGAGUUCGAUUGCACGUGAGCCGGAAGAUCAAUCGCUUCAGUUUUAUGACAAAAGUACAGGCAAUAUAGAAUUGAAAAAGUCUGUCAAAAAGUUUUUAGAAACAAGAUUUCAUGCUAGAGAGGAACUGUCUCUCGAGAAUUUAUUUAUUACUAAUGGAGUGACUGUGAUAUUGGAAGCUUUGUCUUUUGCCCUAGCUGAGCCUGAAGACUACAUUAUGGUUCCUUCACCAUACUACUAUAGGAUCAAUAGUGACCUGUUUGAUAGACCAAGGGUUCACGUUCUGGAGGUCAACCUUCCUUACACGCAGAACAAAGGCAGUGGAUGUACCUAUAGACACGACGUACUAGCGUUCGAAGACGCUUUGAUUAAAGCAAAACUCGAAGAUAAAUCUGAGUUUCUUAGCAAGUUAUAUUAG